CAUACACACAGAGAAGCAACUCGAGCCGGUCUUGUAGAGCAGCUCGCUUCACUUGUUAGAUCAAGGAUCGAUUGUUUACGUGUUAUUCAUAGCUUUUCAAUUUCACUUUAAUCUUUUUAAGAUAAUAUUCGCGAGAGAGAUUAUGUCCAGACCGCUCACCAUGAAUCCGGCUUUCCUACCUACGCAAACUAACGGCGUUUUGAAGGCGCUUUUGGAAAAACCGAUGAAACUUAAUUUGCGCCACGACGAAGGCUAUGGGAAGUUGAGAGACAAGACUAAAAGUCUGGAGGACGAAGGGAGCGCUCCACAGUGCUUUCUUGGGCCAACUCUUUGGGAUAAAACGUUGUCUUAUGAUGGGGAUAGCUUUCAGUUGGAGUAUAUGGACCUUGAGGAGUUUCUCACAGAAAAUGGCAUCCCUUCAAGCCCUGUACAACAUGACCAAAGCCAUCCUCGCCAGCAACAGCAGCAGUCUCCCAUUCAACAGGGCUCCAUCUCAGUCAUGGACCUCAGCAGCCGGUCCAUCACCAACAUCCACACGGGUAUGGUCCCUCAGAACUGCCUCCAGAGCCCAAGCAGACCAGUUUUGCCUUCACGUAACACACCAAGUCCAAUAGACCCAGAGACCAUUCAGAUACCAAUGAGCUAUGAGCCCGAUCCAGCAGACCUUGCUCUCUCCAGCGUACCCGGCCAAGAGAUUUUCGACCCACGAAAGCACAAGUUCUCAGAUGAGGAGCUGAAACCUCAACCUAUGAUCAAGAAAGCAUGCAAAGUCUUCAUUCCCAAUGAAUUUAAGGAUGAAAGAUACUGGGCCCGGCGCAGAAAGAAUAACGUGGCCGCCAAGAGGUCACGGGAUGCUCGGCGCCUCAAAGAAAAUCAGAUUGCAAUUCGGGCCGGUUUCCUAGAGAAAGAAAACAUGGCUUUACGUCAGGAAGUCGCCGACCUGCGGAAAGAGCUGGGGUGUUGCAAAAACAUCUUAACAAAAUAUGAAGCUCAGCACAGCCCUCUCUGAGACCCCGGGGCUCAUGCGGUCUCUGCACUAGUGGCCCUUCCAGUCUGAAGGACAAUAUUGUUGGGUAACGGCCUAUUUGACCUGUUUUUCAGCCAGUCCACACCUCAAUCUGUUCUUGGCACCUCAGAAGGCAGAAACAUUUUACCGUGUGUUUAACUAAAAUGUCCUACCUACUAUUCUGUCUUUAUAAAUGCAAACAAACCCAACGUUGUUUGCUGUCCUUUUUUCAUUUAGGAUGUCCUAAUUCUAUUUUUGUGUUAUUUCAUUUCGCUUGUCCAGAAACAUUAAGCCUUGGUUUGUUGUUGUUUAUCAGUUUUCUUCAUUGUGGAAUCAGAGCUAGCAGAUGUCCCGCUACGCCUCCAAAGAUCCAUGAGGUUAUCUACUGUAUGAGAGGGGUACAGUACAUGUGCAUAGCUGCUUUGGGGUUCAGACGUGUUUAGGUUUUGUGUCCCUGUAAUUUAUUCUGUUCUCACAGACAGAACAGAAUGUGACAAGUUUAAAAUAAUUGAAAUAAUGUACGAAAUUCAGGUUUGUUUCUAGUAUUGCGAAAUAAGGACACCGAAAAAAUCGUUAUUAAUCAUGAAUUAUUAAUAAAAUUGUCUGUCACCUUGAUGAUGAAUUAUUCGUUGAAUAGUGGAUUGCAAACUGCAAUCAAAGGAAAGCACAUUGAACAAUUGAACAUUUUGGCACCCUUGCUUAUAAGAUAUAAACAGAUGAGAUGAUGAUAUUGCCUUUUGUAGGUCAGUUGUGAAAUGAAUGUAGAAGUACAGUGUAUUUCAUAUUUAUCGCUUUACUACAGACCAAAUUAUAUGAGUAAGGUUUUAUUGUUAUAUUUCAAGUAAAUGUUUUUACAAAGUUAUUGUUUUUUGUACAGUAUUUUCAUAUGAAUUUUUGAAUAUAUAUAUAUAAUUUGAUGUGUAUAUUUCUAUAUAGACAUCAAACUAUAUGAAUGAAUUGUACGUUUUACAGGUAACUGUACGGGCAUUAUUACAAUACAUUCAGCACACGUGACCGUGAUUUCUUUUUAGAAGAGCCGUUUCUUAGACCGGCACUUUGGGGUUUUGUGCACCAAUAUGGAAACAAAUAUUUAAUUGUUUCACGUUUUCUUUUAUUGUUACAAUUAUAUUGUCAAUACCUUUCAUGCAUUGGUGUACAAUCAUGGAAUAUAAUAUUAUUGUGCUUUAUGCCAAACAUGGCAGAAGAAAGCUAUUCUUGGCUAAAUGGAAUGUUUAUUUGUGUAUUUUAAUAAACAGAAAAGUUUUUUAUAUGAAAUAUGUUAUACUACAGCAUGUUUAAAUAUUAACAUUCGUUCUUUCUGCACAUUAUGAAUUGACUUAAAUUUUCCAAAAUGUUGUCUGCUGUUUUCCUUUUUGGUUCCUUAUUCUCUUUCAAUAACCAAUUUAAUAAAAGCUUUGAAAAGCUUAA